CGCUCCCGCAGCCUGCUCCAGCCUCAACGCGCCUCCCCCUCCCCUCUCCCUCCCCCUCCUCUCCUCUCGCUCUCUCCGCGCUAACUUUCCCGAGCCCCGACCGGCGGCUCAGAGCUCCCCGGCAGUUUCGGGCCAGCUGCCGACCUCGGACGAAGAGCGCGGCUGUGUCCCUUACCCCAUCCCCGCUCCCCGGCGCGCUCCAGAGAGGACAGGACGAUGCCCUGGGCUGGAAACCGAGGCAAAGCCCUGGCGAGAUGGCUGGGCACUGGGCUUUUGGGUCUCCUCCUGCUUCCCGUGUCCCUGUCCCUGGAGGUGUCUGUGGGAAAGGCCACCACCAUCUACGCUCUCAAUGGCUCAGAGAUCCUGCUGCCCUGCACCUUCUCCAGCUGCUUUGGCUUCGAAGACCUCAGCUUCUGGUGGUCCUACAACAACAGCGAGACGUUCAAGAUACUCAUACAUGGGGUCGUGAAGAAUGAGAAGUCCAACCCCAAGCUGAAGUUGAUAGCGGAUGACCGCAUCACCCUGGAGGGCACCACCAAAGAGAAGAUGAACAACCUGUCCAUACUGCUGAGGGACCUGGACUUCAGUGACACGGGCAGGUACACCUGUCAGGUGAAGAACCCCAAGGAGAAGGAUCUCCAGCACAAUGCCACCAUCUUCCUACAAGUCGUUGAUAAAGUGGAGGAAGUGGACAACACAGUGACCCUCAUCAUCCUGGCCGUGGUGGGCGGGGUCAUCGGGCUUCUCAUCUUCAUCCUGCUGCUCAAGAAAUUCAUCGCCUUCGUCCUCAAGAAGACUCGGGAGAAGAAGAAGGAGUGUCUCGUGAGCUCCUCAGGGAAUGACAACACGGAGAAUGGGCUCCCUGGCUCCAAGGCUGAAGAGAAACCACCCACAAAAGUGUGAGCCCCACUCCGGGCCCAGCAGGGAGCCUCCCUUUCUGACGAUGGAACCGACGCUUGAGCCUGUCCGUAGAACCCACGUGCCUGAGACUUCUGCUUGGCCCACGCUGUCGUCUUCCUGCGCAGGGAGAACUGGGGUCCUGCCCCACCUGCCCCACCUCUUUCCCAGCCAGGGCUCCCCAGGGACAAGGGCUGGCCAGGGACGGGGCCUGUGGAAGGUUUGGCAAGGGGAAAGGAGGUGGGGUAGCUUGGAGGGGCUGGCCCCCUAACCUGGGUAGAUGGGGUGUCCUGUGGUUUAUUCCCUCUGUCCCAGCAGGUUCUUGUUUUUUUUU